UAUAACGACUACAGGUACAGAGAGAGCAAGCUCCUGCGGCCAUGGCUUCCACACAGUGCUUCUACUUGCACCACCACGCCCUCUCAACACCAGCUAGGUCAUCAUCAUUACUGUAUCGCCACUGUCCGAUCCUCAGGCCUCACCAACUCGUCUGCCGGGCGCAGAAGCAGUCCGCCGCGACUCACGAAGACCUCGGCGAAGCACUCGCCGUCUCUCGCAGAUUGGCUCUUAUCUCCCUUUUCGGAGCUGCCGCUGUUGUCUCCAAGGUUUCCCCCGCUGCCGCUGCCUAUGGAGAAGCAGCCAAUGUUUUCGGGAAGCCAAAAACAAACACAGAGUUCUUGCCGGUAUCAGGUGAUGGUUUCAAGCUCCAGGUUCCAUCGAAGUGGAAUCCAAGCAAGGAAAUUGAGUAUCCUGGCCAGGUUCUCAGAUACGAAGACAACUUCGAUGCCAACAGCAAUGUGUGUGUAUUGAUCACCCCAACGGAUAAGCAGUCGAUCACUGACUAUGGCUCCCCUGAAGAAUUCCUAUCUCAAGUGGACUACUUGCUGGGCAAACAAGCCUACUCUGGAAAAACUCAGUCUGAGGGAGGAUUUGAUCCUAAUGCUGUGGCCACCGCAAACAUAUUGGAGACAUCAACCCCUGUGGUGGAAGGGAAGCAAUACUACUUUAUCUCUGUCCUGACGAGAACAGCUGAUGGGGAUGAAGGCGGGAAGCAUCAAUUGAUCACCGCCAGUGUUUCUGAUGGGAAGCUUUACAUCUGCAAGGCACAAGCGGGUGACAAGAGAUGGUUCAAGGGAGUGAAGAAGUUUGUAGAGAACACUGCCAACUCUUUCAGCGUGGCUUGAGGUUGUUCGGGCUGUGUACGUAGUAGCUAGUAGUGUUGGUUAUUUUGCAUUAAAACCUCUCACUGUAUUAAAACUUCCCCAUAAAGUAUAUUACAUCCCAUAAUGUGGAGAAUUGCAUAAUCGAUUAAACCUCUCACUUCAGUACUAUUGCAUCCUACUUGGAUGCAAUAGUAUACUAAAUGCAAGCUGGACUAAAUUGCAUCCUACUAUUAAAGAAUUGCAUUUUUUGAUUCCA